AUGAAAUCAAAUUUUAACGAAUUUUUUUUUUCAAAAUAUUUUAAUUAUUUAGCAUACGUAGGAGGUUGGACGUACAAAACAAACAAUAUAAAUACGAAUCGCAUAAUUAUAUUUUAUCAAAUAUUAUGUUUGGUAUCGAUGUUCGCAUCGAUAGCACUUCAAUUGGCAGAUUUAUGGAGAGUCUCUGGAAAUCUGGAUAAAGUAACGUACAACAUGUGCACGUCCGUCAUCGUUAUUGAUACGACGAGUAAAGUCGUCGUACUUUUGAACAAAACGAAAAUAAUUAACAAAUUGAGAUUGAAUUUAUGGAAUGAUUUUUAUAAAUACCAGGAUGAAGAUAUUGAAAAACUUAAAAAUUCAAUAACGUCCGAAUUGAAAAGGGUAUCGAAAAUGUUUCACGUAGCGGGACUCGUUUUCUAUCCCGUUUGGAUAUCCGUUGCUUAUUUCAGUUAUUUAUGGGGACCGAGAGAACUUCCGUUUCCGGCAUUUCUACCGAUAAAUCACGACGAUUCGUUAUCAUAUAAUUUAUGCUUUUUAUUAGAAAUCGUUUUGGGUACCAUCAUACUAACGGCUGCGAUAGAAACUAAUUUAAUCGUUUUUAGUUUGGUUUUACAAAUGGUAUUACAAUAUAAAAUAUUAUAUAGAAGAAUAUUGAAAGUAUCAGACGUGUACGAAGGUAUCCACGUCGAUGAUGAUGAUGAUGACGACAAUGAUGACGUCAUACCCAACUAUGAUUAUAACGCUCCGAAUAAAAAAAAAGAAAUUAAUUUUAUAUUGAAACGGAAAAAAACGGAAAAUUAUUUGAAAAAUAUAAUAAAUCGUCAAUUGAUAUUAUCGCAUUACGUUAAAUUAUUCGAAUUUGGUUUUAAUCGUUAUUUUCUCGUACAAAUAACCGGAGGAUCGACUCUUGUAAUAAUGAACGGACUUCACGUUAUUAAAAUGACGUAUCAAUUAAGCAGUAAAAUCGGUCAUCAAGCAGCUUAUCUUUUUUUUAUAAUUGUUAAUUUUUUUUUUAAUUGUUUUUACACGUCUAAACUCGUCGAAGAAUUUAACAGCAUCGGUGAAGCUGCUUAUGCAACAUCUUGGUACAAAAUGGAUGCGAAUUUGCAAAAAUAUUUUCUCAUGAUAAUAAUUCAAGCACAGAAGCAACCCAAAAUAACGGCCGGAAGAUUUAUUUUGAUGAAUUUAAAUACUUUUUUAACCAUGCUAAGAAACACGUACAGUUGGCUUAUGUUAAUAAGACAAUUUGAAAUCAAGUAA